CACCGGGAUCGGCCAUGCAGAGAAGAGUUGUGAGAUUUUCUAGCAGGAUUUCAACAAUAUUAAGAUGGCGAGUCGGAGGACAGUUAUAGCUUCUGCAAUAGAACCACUUCCUGUUUCCAAUAAUGAUCCGCUUAGAGAACUAUUUGAAGCUUGCAAAACUGGUGAUAUAGCGAGAGUUAAGAAGCUAGUGACUCCACAAACUGUGAACGCGAGGGAUACGGCUGGGCGUAAAUCGACUCCGUUACAUUUUGCAGCUGGUUAUGGGCGUCGGGAUGUUGUGGAAUUCUUGUUAGCAGCCGGUGCUUCAAUUCAAGCUCGUGAUGAUGGAGGACUUCACCCUUUGCACAAUGCUUGCUCGUUUGGCCAUGCGGAUGUUGUGCGAUUGUUACUAGAAGCUGGUGCUAACCCAAACACAAGAGACAACUGGAAUUAUACCCCUCUUCAUGAAGCUGCCAUCAAAGGAAAAGUGGAUGUGUGUAUUGCUUUACUGCAACAUGGAGCAGAUGUGAACAUUCGCAACACAGAGGGAAAGACUGCUCUAGAAUUGGCAGAUGCAGCCACCCGACCUGUGUUGACGGGAGACUAUCGUAAGGAAGAGCUCCUGGAAGCAGCUCGUUCAGGAGCAGAGGAGAGGCUCUUGGCUCUGCUCAACCCUCUCAAUGUGAACUGCCAUGCGAGCGAUGGCAGGCGAUCAACUCCACUGCACUUGGCAGCAGGAUACAAUCGGAAUCGUGUUGUCCAAUUGUUGUUGCAAAAUGGAGCAGAUGUACGAGCCAAGGAUAAAGGGGGACUAGUUCCAUUACAUAAUGCUUGUUCCUACGGUCACUUUGAGGUAACUGAACUUCUAAUCAAACACGGAGCAAACGUAAAUGCUAUGGAUCUCUGGCAGUUUACUCCUCUCCAUGAAGCUGCUUCAAAAUCUCGUGUGGAAGUAUGUUCCUUGUUGCUAAGUGAGGGAGCUGAUCCUACACUGCUCAACUGUCAUUCAAAAUCUGCUAUAGAUGUUGCUCCUACGCGGGAACUUCAAGAACGUUUGGCCUAUGAAUUCAAAGGUCAUUGUCUCUUGGAAGCUGCUCGUCAGGCUGAUCCUGCCAAGGUCAAGAAGUAUUUAACCCAAGAUGUUGUGAACUUCAAGCAUCCAUAUACUGGAGACACUCCUCUGCAUUGUGCAGUAUCUUCCCCUUUUACCAAACGUAAACAAGUUUUAGAAACCCUAAUUCGCAAAGGAGCUCAUCUUAAUGAGAAGAACAAAGAAUUCCUCACUCCUCUUCAUGUAGCUGCUGACAACUCUCAUUAUGAUGUACUGGAUGCCUUGUUAAGGCAUGGAGCAAAAGUCAAUGCAUUAGAUGGUCUAGGACAGACAGCUCUACACCGUUGUGCAAGAGAGGACAAUCUGCAAGCUUGCCGAUUACUACUUUCAUACAGUGUAGACCCCAGUAUUGUCUCCCUUCAAGGUUACACAGCUUCCCAAGUGGCAACUGAAAAUGUUCUAAAAAUUUUGCAAGAUCCUCCCUCUGGAAGUGCUGAUGUUGAAUGUCAACUCUUAGAAGCAGCAAAAGCUGGGGACUCUGAACAGGUGCAACGCCUUCUAACAGCUUAUCCUCAAAUAGUAAACUGCAGGGAUUUAGAUGGCAGGCAUUCUACUCCUCUGCAUUUUGCUGCUGGAUACAACCGAGUGGCUGUUGUGGAAUUUCUCCUGGCACAUGGUGCUGAUGUCCAUGCGAAGGACAAAGGAGGUUUGGUUCCUCUCCACAAUGCAUGUUCUUAUGGUCAUUAUGAAGUGACAGAAUUAUUAGUGAAACAUGGUGCUAGUGUGAAUGUAGCUGACCUUUGGAAAUUCACACCUUUACAUGAAGCUGCUGCAAAAGGAAAAUAUGAGAUAGUGAGACUGCUUUUGAAGCAUGGUGCAGAUGCUAGUAAGAAGAAUAGAGAUGGGGCUACCCCAUUAGAUCUUGUGCGUGAAGGGGAUCAAGAUGUUGCUGACCUCUUGCGUGGCAAUGCUGCAUUACUGGAUGCUGCAAAGAAGGGGAAUCUCGCUCGUGUGCAGCGACUUGUAUCUGCUGAAAAUAUAAAUUGUCGUGAUGCUCAGGGUCGAAAUUCUACGCCACUUCACUUAGCAGCUGGUUAUAAUAAUUUAGAAGUAGCAGAAUUUCUGUUGGAUCAUGGAGCAGAUGUAAAUGCCCAAGAUAAGGGUGGUUUGAUUCCUCUUCACAAUGCAUCUUCCUAUGGACAUUUAGACAUAGCAGCUUUGCUCAUCAAAUUCAACACAGUUGUGAAUGCCACAGAUAAGUGGGGCUUCACACCAUUGCAUGAAGCUGCCCAGAAAGGCCGAACACAGCUUUGUGCUCUGUUGCUUGCUCAUGGGGCUGAUCCUUUCUUAAAAAAUCAAGAAGGUCAGACUCCACUGGAUUUGGCAUCAGCAGAUGAUGUCCGCUGCCUAUUGCAAGAUGCGAUGGCAUCGCAGCAGGGAGUACCCACUGCUCCAGCUCCUGCAUCUGCACCUCCAUCGCGGCCUCCUUCCAUUGCUGCUGCUCCUCCACUUACCAUUGCUCUCACACCUCCUGCUACCACUGAAACAGUCAUUAUGCCCUCUGGAGCGUCAAUGACCCUGUGUGUGCCAGUGGCAAGGGGUUGCCUAUCUCCAAUGCCAGCUGCUGAAGGGUGUUGUGCUUCAGAACCCCUGAAGCCUGAAGGGGCUGUGCCAGAAAUGGCCACAACCGUAACAUCAUUAGCAUCUUUCUUGUCCAGUUUGGGAUUGGAACAUCUCCUAGAACUGUUUGAACGUGAACAGAUUACUUUGGAUAUUUUGGCAGAGAUGGGUCAUGAAGAUCUCAAACAAGUGGGAGUGAGUGCUUAUGGUUACAGGCACAAACUUCUCAAAGGAAUAGACAAACUCUGUGCAAAUGCAGGUUCUUUGUGGCUCCCACCUUCGACUCCUGGUACUUUACUAGUAGAUCUGCUGAGCGAAGAUAAGGAGUUUCUUGCUGUGGAAGAGGAAAUGCAGUCUACAAUCCGUGAGCAUCGUGAUAAUGGUCAUUCGGGUGGUGUUUUCAGUCGUUACAAUAUUGUGCGGAUUCAAAAGGUUCAAAACCGUAAACUUUGGGAACGAUAUGCACAUAGGCGACAUGAAGUAGCAGAGGAAAAUACCAAUCAAGCCAAUGAAAGAAUGUUAUUUCAUGGGUCGCCUUUUAUUAAUGCUAUUGUUCAGAAGGGUUUUGAUGAGCGCCAUGCAUACAUUGGUGGAAUGUUUGGGGCAGGAAUCUACUUUGCAGAGCAUUCAUCUAAAAGCAAUCAGUAUGUCUAUGGAAUUGGUGGGGGUACAGGAUGCCCAAUGCACAAAGAUCGGUCUUGCUACAUAUGUCAUCGGCACCUGCUACUAUGCAGAGUUACCCUUGGCAAAUCCUUCCUUCAAUUCAGUGCCAUGAAGAUGGCACAUGCUCCUCCUGGACAUCAUUCAGUCAUGGGUAGACCCAGUGCUGGGGGACUCAACUUCCCUGAGUAUGUUGUGUAUCGUGGAGAACAGGCAUACCCAGAGUACCUCAUCACAUAUCAAAUUGUGAAGCCAGAGGAGUCUGCUGCUGGAACGGAUUGGGAAGCAAGAUGAUUUUCCAACCUGGAGGUGCAGUCGAAUGCCCUUUGCGGCUGCCCCUGCCAACCGAGGCAGCAUUGUGGCCUCAGGCGCUUCCUUUUGCACUUCUGUUGGCCUGGUACGCCACCCACCACCAGCGUGAUGCCAGCCACUGUGCAUUCACCUCCCCCACCAUGCUUGCCACAGCCCAUGUGGGACCCUGACGCUGCCGUCUGGGUGGGCUGACUUGUUAUAAGUCCUCUUUCAAUUCAAAAAUCUUAAAUGCGUUGGGUAGUUCAAUCAGUUUUUGAAUUUUCUUUUCAUUGUUCUUCUCAUUAAUAAUAGGCUGCUGGAGUUACACUUCUGUGCAGUCUUCCACAAAGGUUGUGUAGUUUGUGAAUGACUGUGAAUGUAAAUGUGAGAAAGUGUGAUAAUGCAUAUGUGUGUAUUUGUAUGAUGUGUGCACUAUAUGUAUGUGCAUGCAUAUCAAGUUAAAAUGGAAGUGCAGUUGUGAUUCAACAAAUGUUAUGUCAAUUUAAGUGUCACGGUGAGCAAGAGCUGCUGUUUGACGUUAAACUUAGUGGCUAAGCACAAGAGAAUGUCCUUGUUGGAUGCUCAGUAUUUGAGCAGUGUAUUUUACUGAUGGACUUUCAUGCAUUUUAAGGCAUUGUAGCCUGCAUCAACACCAAUUCUUUAAUGUACUUAAUUGUUAAGGUUACUUACUGGAAAAGCUCCUGAAGGUUUGGGAUUUCAGAAUUGGGAGAUUGUCUCCAUAAAUCACUAGAAUAUAUGCACAAGGCAGGGGCUCCAGCAAAUACAGAAAUGACUCUAGCUCAAUUUAUUUAUUGUUGUUGUGAAACAGUAAACCUGAAGGUUGCUGCUACUAGACUGACAAAAUCAUGUUAAACAUUUACUUGAUGUACAUAUUGGUUUUUUGUGGGAUUGGGAUUUUGGGUAGAAGUGUACAUGCAGAAUUCUGUAUAAAGUUGCUGUACAUGCAGUAAGUAAAAUUUAUCUGUUCUGCUCAAGAGAAAUUUUCCUUGUGAUAUCUUUUCCAUUUCCAGCCACUGAC